GUUGAGGUGAUUUUUGGAAAGUAUGACGAAGGCGUAUUGUCUUCCUGAAGUUAAGCAUACUCAAUUAUUCAUUGGUAAUGAAUUUGUCGAUAGCAAAUCGAAAAGAACAUUUCCAACUAUUAAUCCAACAACAGAGGAUGUGAUAUGUCAUGUUCAAGAAGCUGAUCAGAAUGAUGUGAACAAAGCAGUUGAAGUUGCUAAGGCAGCCUUCAAGACAGGAUCUACGUGGCGUACCAUGGAUGCUUCAGAACGUGGUGUUUUGUUACAUAAAUUGGCUGAUCUGAUCGAGAUGAAUGCUGAAUAUAUAGCUGUAAGUUGUUUCUUAUCUGUCCAUAUAGGUUCGAACUCGUGGCCAAGACGUCUAUUCAUUCUCAGAUUCGAGUCCUGUGUCACCUACUUCGGCUCGGACAGCCGGUUGUCAUUACUAGCCUUCAAUCAUAAAGUUUGACUUAGGGCACCGUGUACAUGAAUCUGCAAUUGAUGAAUACGUAACAUCAUCAUUACCAGUUUGGAAAAACAUGGAGUAUCCAUUUUUCUGAUAAAACUUGCUCUGUACAGCGUUUAGAAGCAAUGGAUAAUGGGAAGACUGUAGAAUUAGCAUUAGAUGAUGUCUUAUUUGCAGCGCAAACAACUCGAUAUUAUGCUGGAUACGCUGAUAAGAUUCAUGGUAAACAGUUACCAGUUGACGGAAAUAUGAUUACUUUUACUCGCCGUGAACCACUUGGAGUUGUUGCUUGUAUCACACCGUGGAACUAUCCGUUUUUGUUGAGCGUUCUCAAGUGUACUCCAUGUUUAUGCGCUGGUUGCACAGUUGUAUUGAAACCCGCAGAACAAACGCCAUUAUCCGCAUUGUAUUUAGCUGCUUUAACCAAAGAGGCAGGUUUCCCACCUGGAGUAUUUAAUGUUAUCUGUGGAUAUGGUGAAACUACUGGUGAGGCGUUAACUCAUCACCCAGAUGUUAGAGCUAUCUCAUUCACCGGUAGUACUGAAGUUGGUCAGUUGAUAAUGAAAGCUGCGGCUACGAAUAUUAAACAUGUGAAAUUAGAACUUGGCGGCAAAUCACCACUGAUCAUAUUAGCUGAUGCUGAUAUUGAGAAAGCUGCAGAAGUUGCACAUGAAGCUACAAUGGUUAACCAUGGGCAGUGUUGUGUGGCUGGUACUCGUGUAUUUGUACAAGCUUCUAUAUACGAUCAGAUGGUUGGGAAACUGAAAAGACUAGCUGAACAACGUAAAGUUGGUGAUCCCUUCUUAUCUGAUACUAUACAAGGUCCACAGAUUGACAAUGUACAAUUUGACAAAAUCAUGUCAUAUAUUGAAAAAGGCAAAAAACAAGGUGCUCGACUAGUCACUGGAGGAUGUCGAAUUGGAAAAAAAGGUUAUUUUAUUCAACCAACAGUGUUUGCAGAUGUGUCUGAUGAAAUGUGUAUAGCAAAAGAAGAGAUUUUCGGUCCAGUUCAAUGUAUAUUGAAAUUUAAUACAUUGGAAGAAGUAAUUGAACGUGCAAAUGCCACACAUUAUGGAUUAGGUGCUGGUGUAUUCACAAGUGAUAUGGAUAAAGCAAUGAGAAUUGCUCAAUGUGUAGAAGCUGGAAGUUUUUGGAUCAAUAGUUAUAAUCUCAUUUCUCCCCAAACUCCUUUUGGUGGUUAUAAAAUGUCUGGAAUGGGACGUGAACUUGGGAAAGAAGCACUGGAUAGUUACUUGCAAACGAAAGUUAUUUCUAUGCCAAUUUCAGUAAAGAAUUCUUGAAAUUCAUGACAGUUUUUUUAAUUCUUUUGUAUUUUCUCUAUAAACACGAUUAUUUUACAAUAGAAUUUUGAUAUGAGUGUGA